AUGGCACCUGCAUUCAAGAAAAAGCCCAAGAGAACCUUAGCCGACUCGCCUAAUAAGAAACCCGAGUCUCAGCCUCAAUCGAAAAAGCAGAAGCGAUCGCCGGCUGUGAAAAAGGUCACCGAGAUUGAAGACGAUGAAGAGGAUCUCAUUGAAGCCGCGGAGACUGGAAAGUACGACGAUGAUGCCUUUGACAGCGAAGAAAAUGACGAUUGGGAAGAGCAGUCAGGCGAUGAGGAUGAGGAAGAAGCCUUUGAGGAAGACGAACUAAUGAUUGACGAAUUACUUGCCGAAGUUGGUGUAAAGUAUGAGAAGCACAAGGCUCUGGAAAGAGCUCUUCAUCAUAUUAAGGCUAUAUUCGAUAGCUUACCUGAGGGUAAAGAGAUGUUGUUGAAUGCCUUCAAAGAGAAUAUGUCCAAGAAACAUAAUAUUGAAACACCCUUUCCCAACCCCCAACCUGCCCCCGACGCAAACUACAAGUUCAAAUUUGAAAAGCCUGCAGCAAUCCAUUUGAUCGGAGGAUACGCAUUAAAAUCAGUCGCUAAAUUGAAAGAGCCUUUUAAUGUCGAUGUAGCUGUGGAAAUGCCAGCUAGUGUUUUCCAAGAAAAGGAUCAUAUGAACAACCGUUAUUUCUACAAACGUGCAUGCUAUUUAGCUGUACUUGCUAAUGCUAUCAAGGACUCCAAAAAAGGUUUCCAGGUUGAAUUUAGCUCAUUCAAUGGAGAUAUGCGCAAGCCUAUUUUGCUUGUGAAGGCAUCUGGUGAUAAGUCAGAGGUGGAUUUCUCAAAGACAAAAUGUAUUAUUCGCAUUAUGCCCAGUUUACCCGAAAACACCUUCCCUGUAAACCGUCUUGCACCUGGAAGAAACAACGUACGCUCAGGAGAAGAAGUCAACGUCGAAAUGUUGAAGCCUACUCCUCACUACAAUGCCUCUCUUUUGAUGGAUACUUCUCUCACCGCUAACUUGGCAUUCCUUUACCAACACAGCAAAGCAUGUGGUGCCUUCAGAGAUGCUAUUGUAUUGGCCAAAACAUGGCUGCACCAACGUGGUCUUGUAUCAACUGAUGAUAUCCACUCUGGUUUCAAUGCUUUCUUGUUCUCUAUGCUUACAGGCUACCUCUUGCAAGGUGGAAAGACCGGCGGUGGAAAGAAACUGGCUAAUGGUCACAGUUCCUACCAAUUGGUUAGAGGAACUAUUGAUUUCAUUGCCACUCACAAUUUUGAAGAGGAUCCCGUCUUCAUUGGAACUUCUGAUAGUUCAGAGUUUUCCGCCGAAGCCUUCAAAAGCAACUAUGAUGUUGUUAUUGUAGAUCCUUCUGGUACUGUCAACUUGGCUGCCAAGAUGACCUUAUCUACUUUGGCUCAGCUCCAACACGAGGCCAAAAUAGCAAUGUCAUAUUUCAAUGAUACCACCGAUAGAUUCGAGGCUUUGUUCUUGAAGAAUGUCAAGGACAUCAAAUAUAGAUUCGAUAACUUGCUCAGAAUCAAUGCUUCUGGUACUCCAGUCAGACAGUAUGACCGUGCUGCAAAGGCAGACUAUGCUAGCCAUCUUGAGUUCUUUGCCAAGUCAGCCGGAAACAUUCUCAAAAAAGGACUUACCAACCGUACUGAUCUUAUUUCCGUUCAAUACUCUGCUCCCUCAACAUGGGCCAUUGAUUCUGCUGCACCUGAUCUAGAUGAAAAUGCCGUCAUUACCAUCGGCCUUGUUCUUAACUCUGACAAUGCUCCUCGUCUUGUUGACCAAGGUCCUGACCCACAGCAAACUGAGGCAGCUCAACUCUUCAGAGAAUUCUGGGGAAAGAAAUCAGAGCUCCGUCGUUUCAAAGAUGGCAGCAUUGUUGAGAGUGUCGUCUGGCAAACACAAGGGUACGAAAACAAAAGUUUGAUUGUCCAGAAAAUUGUACUUUACCUGCUCAAAUUCCAUCUCGGUAUUUCUGCUGAGCGUACCCACUACUGGGCUGGUCAGCUUUACCCUUACAUAAACUACUCCAAGGCUGUUCCCGAAAAUCUGUUUAGUCCUGAGCUCAGCUUAAAUGAUUUCCAGCCUUUGAUGGCUGCAUUUGGCCAGUUCUCAAAGAAAUUGCGCAGUGUUGAUAGUGCCUUACCUCUUGUUAUCAGCAACAUUUACCCUUCCUCUGCUAGUUUGCGCCAAACUACCGUUAAUCUCCCCCACCCUGCAGACUUUAGCAACAUCUCCGCUUACCCUACCACUACACGAUACUUUGAUGCUAUUGAUGUCAUUGUCCAGCUUGAGCGUUCAAACAAGUGGCCCGAUGACCUUGAGGCAAUGCAGAGCGUUAAGCAAGCCUUUUAUCUCAAGAUUGCAGAACAACUUAAGGAGGUUUCCGGUAUUUCUUCUGUACCUGUACAAGAUGUUCGUGAGACCAACCCAUUGGCCAGCUGUGUGUAUCUCGAUGUCUACUACUUUGGAUUUGUGUUCCGUUGCCGCCUUCACUUGGAACAGGAAGGAGAGCUCCUCAAGUCUAUUGUUACUAGCAAGCGUGAGACUAAAGCCAAGAAGGCUUUAGCCAAGGAAGCCCUCGAGUCUUAUGAAAUGCAAUUUGUCCAUCGCCGUGCACACACUUAUGCUAUGCAGGCACUCUGUGGUCGCUUCACUGCAUUUUCGGCAACUGUCCGUCUUAUUAAGAGAUGGUUUGGCUCUCAUUUGCUUUCUUCUCAUGCGUCAGAAGAGUUUAUUGAAUUGGUCUGUGCCUACGCCUUCUUGGAGUCUCAGCCAUGGGCUCCUGCUACAAGCGCAAUGUCCGGAUUCUUUCGUGUAUUAGGCUUGUUGGCAUCAUGGGACUGGCAGCGCAUGCCUUUGAUCGUGGAUCUUAGUGGUGACAUGACAUCAAAUGUGCGUGAUUCUAUCUCAGAAAAGUUCAAUAUGUUGCGUAAUAAGAACCCCCAAAUUACACAAGGUGCCAUGGUAGUGGCCACUAACAACGACCUUGAUGGUCUGCGGUGGUCUUCUCAAAAGCCUUCCAAGGUUGUUGCUGCACGUAUUCAGACAUUGGCCAAGGCCUCUUGUGAUGUACUCGACCAAGCAAUUUCAUCUGGAGAAGAGAAUGAUAUCAAGCGUAUCUUUGUUACUCCUAUGGAUGCAUACAGUAAUAUUAUCCAGCUCAACACAGAGCGAUGCACCCGUUAUUUCCAAUCUCUCCACCCUCAACACAAGUUCAUGUCCACCACAAAAGCUGCUGGAUCAGAAAUGGGUGAUGUUGUUUACGCAGAUUUUGACCCUGUUACAGAAUACGUAAAUGAGAUCGAGAAAACUUAUGGAAACACAGUGCUUGUAUUCUAUAACAAAUACGGUGGUGAUAAGAUUGCCUUGGUAUGGGAUCCUAUCACUGCGACCCCCAAACAGUGGAAGGUCCGAGUUGAAUAUAACAGUGUGCCUGUAGAUAUGACAAAGCGCGGUGUAUUGAAACCUGCCAAGGACUGUAAAGAAGUAUCCAAAUUGGCCGCACCAAACUUUGAUGCCAUUCUGUGCGAGAUCAAGAGGCUUGGAGAAGGACUUAUUUAG